CAGUGCGCUUUGUUAUCUUCUGCGUAAUAGACGUGUCACGAAGUCCGCUUGCGCUCGUUCCGUGAAGAUUUAUUUGGAAAAUAAGCAAUUAAAUUAUUUCACGCGUGUAUCAGUUAUGAACUAAGUGUCGGAAUUAAACUAUAUAGACUUCCUUUAGAUGCUGGUUUGUUUAGGACUUUGUUGGAGACUUCAAUUGUGAGUUAUUCCGCAAUAAUAACAAGCUGAGUAAUCUAAUAUAGGUAGUUGCUGUCGAUUGACGCGAAACAUACGAAUGAAGAAUUGAAUAUAAAAAAAUGGACGAAACGUGACACAAAUCAAAAGCCAGCUAAACCUCCAAAAACAGUGAUCUUGAUCUCAUAAAAAAUCAAAAUGCCGGCCAUACUGACCAAGAUACGGGAGCAGGCGUCGAGGGUGCAGCCGUCGAUCGCUGUCGGCGUCGGUGUAGGCGUGGCUUUAGCUGCGUGUGCGCUGUACGGCACGAGGGAGAGGAAGCAAGCUCCUUGUAAUAACAAUAAUAAUAAUUAUAAGAUUGCAAAAAAUGGCCAGUUACAUUCAGUUCAGAACGGGUCCAACGGACAGACGUGCGGCGGGCGCUGCGGUGCCGACCAGUGCGCCCUCUGUCGGGGAGACGUCGACACAGACAACAAACAGAAUAUCGAAGACGCCGAGGAACCAGCCCCCGAAGAAAAGCAUGUCCCCGGACUUAACCUAGAGUUCCUCCGACAAAUGGUCUCACUGGCUAAAAUCAUGGUGCCAGGGAUCCGUAGCCAUGAAGUAGCCUUGCUGACUGGACACACGCUGUGCUUGUUCACUAGGACGCUCCUAUCCAUCUAUGUGGCAGCUUUAGAGGGGUCUAUAAUGAAACACAUAGUCCAAAAGGAUCUCAAGAAAUUCGCAGCCCUUCUCCUCCAAUGGUUCGGUAUCGCCAUCCCAGCGACUUUCAUCAACUCCAUGAUUAGAUACCUUGAGAGCAGACUAGCCCUGGCAUUCAGGACGAGACUGGUGAAUCACGCCUAUGACCUGUAUUUCAAGAACCAAACGUACUAUAGGGUGGCUAACUUGGAUGCUAGGAUUGAGAACGCUGAUCAUAGAUUAACAGAAGACGUGUCAGUAUUCGCGCAGUCUGUUGCGCACCUAUACGGGUCACUGACGAAGCCCUGCUUUGACCUGCUCCUCAUAGUGUUGACCCUGGCCAGCUAUUCAAGCAAAAUGAAGGGCAACAUCUUCAUUGGACCCGGUUUUGCCACAGUGGUCAUCUGCAUGACCGGCCAAGUACUACGGAUGCUGUCACCUCGCUUCGGGGCUCUGGCUGGAGAAGAAGCUCGCAUGAAGGCCAAUCUCCGACACGUGCAUGCUUCUAUUAUAGCUCAUGCCGAAGAGGUCGCAUUCUACGGUGGACACAAGGUCGAACUAGGUCAACUCCAAUCCGCCUACAAACAACUAGUUGCCCAAAUGACAGGCGUGUUCAACAAAAAGCUGUGGUACGUGAUGCUGGAGCAGUUCUGCAUGAAGUACGUGUGGAGCGGUACCGGCAUGGUUAUGCUGGCGCUGCCCAUCCUCACCGGUACCAAGGGGGACGGGUCGGCGAGCGAAGGCAUCAGUGCACGAACAGAAUAUAUGACUACUUCUAGACAUUUGCUGAAUUCUGCAGCGGACGCUAUUGAAAGACUUAUGUCUAGUUACAAGGAAGUAGUAACGCUGGCCGGCUACGCCGAACGCGUGUCCGACAUGUUGGACGUGUUCGGCGAGGUGGCGCGCGGGGAGUGCGUCCGGAACGUGCACGUGUCCGCCUCCAAGGACAACCCUAACGCGUUCCAGGUCACCUUCAGGGACAAGCGGCCGGUGCCGCAAGGAAAAAUAUCGUACACGAACGACCUGUCGAUCCGACUCCGCAACGUGCCCAUAGUGACCCCAGCGUGCGACGUCGUGGCGAGCGGCGUGUCGCUGGACAUCGCGCCAGGGACACAUCUGCUCAUAGUGGGGCCCAACGGCUGUGGCAAGUCCAGCCUGUUCCGCAUCAUCUCCGGCCUGUGGCCGGUGCACGGCGGCUCGCUGGCCGUGCCGCGGCCGUGCGCGUGCGCGCACUGCGCCGACGACGCGCCGCCCACCGGCCACUGCUCGUCCCGCCCCAUCAUGUUCUACAUCCCGCAGCGACCUUACAUGUCAAUGGGCUCGCUCAUGGACCAGGUGACGUACCCGACGCGCGUGGCGGCCGACGACGAGGAGGCGUUCUCGCGCGCGGCGCACAUCCUGCAGGUGGUGCGGCUGGACGCGUGCGCCGCGCGCCACGGCGGCCUGCGCGCCGUGCGGGACUGGCGCGCCACGCUCAGCGGCGGGGAGAAGCAGAGGAUGGCCAUGGCGAGGAUGUUCUACCACAGACCCGUAUACGCUCUGCUCGACGAAUGUACGAGCGCCGUUUCCAUGGAAACCGAGGUCGUCAUGUACGAAGAGGCGGUGAAGGAGGGCAUUACUCUCCUCUCUAUCACACACAGGCCCAGCGUAUGGAAAUACCACACGCACGUCCUUGAAUUCGACGGAGCCGGCAGCUGGUCCUUCCGGCCUCUCGAAAAAGACGCGCCCGCCAUCACCCCCUCCAUCACCCCCUCCCUGCCCCCUCCCACCUCCACACAGAGCGACAGUGAUUAGACAACGACUAAUAGAGGUCAGAAACUGUAACAAUUUCACUGUCAAAUAUGUCACCUGACGCGUGGCUACACUCCAAUAUGGACCUUCGUGCAUUGUGACAAGGUUCACAAUGGCGCGCGGCGUUCAAAGGGGUCGUCGUUUGAGUUGACCUUACCACAUUUUUAAUGUUCAUAAAAGUUUCAUCUUAGAAAACAUUAAAUCGUGUGAUGUAAUUUAUAUGAGAUUGAUAGAAAUAAAUCAAUCGCUCAAUAGAUUUAGGCAAGACUAGAAAGAUUCAUAUUUUUUCAUCUGUUCUAAGUGUUUUUUUUAAAUGUUAUUUCUUCAAAUUUCAAUUUGCACCUUUCAACUAUUGCCAAAGUGGCACUAAUUGGAACAUGAUAAACAAUUUUAAGACUCGUCCAAUAUUAUAAAUUUUGUCUAAUUAAAUUUUCUAAACUGAAAUAGAUAUCAAUGAUACAAAUGAUAUGAAUGAUAUCAUACACUAUUGAAAAAGUAGUAGUGAAAAGGCUCAACACAAGCCUUAUUGAGCUUACUGUGGGACUUAGUCAAUUUGUGUAAUAAUGUCCUAUAAUAUUUAUUUAUUUAUAAGUGAGCAAGUCCACGGGUGGCCGAGGCGGGAAUCGAACCCGCGUUCAGCUUACGCGGCUAACAUGCUGACCACUACACCACCCGGCCACGGCGGUCGUCCCAAAUUCUCCGGUGUAUGCUAUCUUUGAAAGACUAGACGCCUUUGACCAACUAAGUGCGAGCAGUUUUUUUUUUUAGUGUGAUGUUUAUUUAAGUUUAUAAUUUAUAUAUAUAUAGUAAUGUUUCUACUUAAAAAAACACUAAUCGAAAUUUCACAAAAUAAUUUGCUUUCCAGUUGUAUAAUUAUUUUUUUGUUCACUUUGAGGUUAUAUUAGAUAUUUUCUUAUUCUCUAUAGCCACCCUGAGGCAUACAAAAAAGUCUUCCAUAUUUUUAACUUUUAGUUUGACAUAAAAAAUGCAUUUUUUUUAAAGAUUUGUGACUAGAAUCUGUUGUGGUUAAAUCUAUUGGCGAUUGCUAUAUUCAGAAUGACAUCUCUAAAAUACAGUGUCGGCAAGUUAGCCUUUUAUUCACACGAAUAUAAGUAAAAAAAUAAGACUAGGUACCGAAAUAAAUGGAUCAUUAUGUAAGUUUCAUUUCACUUAGAUUAAGAUGUUUGCUUAAGAUUUUUCUGUUGGCUAUGCAAAUUCAGGAAUAUUGUUAAUUUCGGGACCAAAACUGGAUCCUUGGUAACAAUUGGCUACAUUUCUUAGAGAAAACUUGCACGAACAUAAAAUUAGAACUUCUAAUUCUUAUAUAUUAGAAUUAUACCUACAUAUAGAUAGCAAUCAGAUGUAGCUGGGAUACAGAGCAAGAUAUAUAUGAUUGGAUCAACAUUUUAUUAGGUACAGUCGCCAUCAAAUAUAUCGGGGUGCCGAGGUUCUCACAAAUAUCUGAACACUUCUCUAUUGUGUAUUACGUUAGAGUGUGUAUUCAGAUAUUAUUGAGCACCUCGGCCGCCCCGAUAUAUCUGUUGGCGACUGUACUAUAAUGAAAUUUUUGAAAAAUUAUUCCACUUGCAAAAAAGUUAAAAUUAAUUCAUAUUUUUUUUUAAUCAAUGAAGUUUACAUUGAGCUCGAAAUACUUCAAUACACUUUGACUAAAUUCUUAAUACUAAUAUAUAGAUGUACGUAUACGUACAUAAACAAUAUGUAAAAAACCUAUUUUAGACUCCGAAAUUUCUUUUUCGAGCGAAUUUUUUAUUUGUCCUUACUUUGAAAAGAAGCAUAUAAAAGCAUUGGUUUAUGUCAUGUUUGUUUUAUAUAGCAAAAGUACCUUUGUUUUAUUCAAAAUGUUAAUUUGACCUGUUAAAUUUAAAGAAAGUUUUGAGCUUAAGAAGGAAGAAUAGCUUUGCGAUCCUAACCGAACGUACAAUACAAUACAAAUACUCUUUAUUACACACCUCAAUACAGAAACAAUACAAAUAAUACAGCACAUUAAGAAAAGGUACAACAGGCGGUCAACGUACGUACAUUUUUGAAGAAAUUUCCAUUUCGGGACAAAGCGGUUUCCAUUAACAAAUCACUUUGAUUUUCAUGUCGGACGCUUGAGCAUAAUAUAUUCUAAGUGUAUAGGUUUCGCUUUAAAAAAAAUACAUAGUAUUUAUAAAAAAUACAUAGUAUUUAUAAAAAAAUGCAUAGUAUUUAUAAAAAAUACAUAGUAUUUAUAAAAAAAUACAUAGUAUUUAUAAAAAAUACACAGUAUUUAUAAAAAAAUAAAAUAUGCGAUUAUAACUUGGUCGAAUAAAGACGUUACAUUAAGAUAGCAAAGCUAUUCUUCCCUCUUAGCUUAAAUAAUUUAAAGUAGAAAAUAUAUGUGUGUAUGAGUAUCGAUGAUGACACUAAUUUAACAUUGUAUGUUUUAAAUUAAAACGAUUUACGUUACAAAAUAACCAAGAACGAUGUAAACAAGGAUGCUGUAGUUAUAAUAAAAUAUUAUUAAAGCAUUAUAAUCAGAGAUUCCUAGGUUUUUUUCCAAAGUCGUUAAUAAAAAACGGGGUAUUAUGCCCUUGUCAUUUAGCUGUGUUAUUACUAUCAUAUUGUACCAGUUAUAGUGUUAUUUAUUUUUUAAGAAUCGGGUGAUACAGGGUGGUGACGUCUUUUGUAUAAAUAUUUUUUAUAGGCUGCUCAGUUUUUUAUUCUCGCCAUUUUUUGGAAUUUUUUUUUGUAAAAAAAUGUUGCCACCCAAAAAAAACUAAGAAAAUUUUGAUAGAGAUUAAUAUUCGAAAUGGCUGUUUAUGUGUUAAGGUGUUUUGUCUUUUUUUACCGCUUGGAUUGUAAGAUUUGUAAGUUUUAUAGACAAUUUAGUGUGUUAUGCAAUCAGUUGCAAAUACAUCUGACCUCCAAGAUGUUUGUAUAAAGAGGGGUCACUUUUUCAAUUUUUUGCCCAAAGUGGUCAGUAUCUAUGCGAUGCUAACUUUACAUUUAGUCACCUGCAAUAACUUACGGACUAAAUAUAUAGGUCAUACUGAGCAACUUAUACUAUGGGACUAACCCCGAAAUCGGCAAAAAAAAUUGCUGUUUCAUACAUUUUGGCUGUCUGACCUUGUGAUUUUCUAUGGGAGCAGUGGCGGGCAAGACCAACAUUUUAUGUGGGCAAGGUACAUUUAGCGAGGCCCUCUGGUGUCGCAAGAAAUAACGAACAUUUUACGUUGUGUCCGAGUUAAGGGUACUUAUUUGAGGUACGAGGCCCCUCGGACCGCGAGGCCGUAGGCCGUGGCCCACGUCGCCCACGCCUAACGCCGCCUCUGUAUGUGAGAGUAAUUUUUUUUUUCGCUAUAUCGGGGUUGGUCGCAUAGUAAAACUUGCUCAGUUUGACCUAUAUAUUCAGCCCGUAAAUUAUUGCAUGUGACUAAAUAAACAUGCAAGAUGUAACAAAUUUGAUACAGAAUAUAGCCCUUAAACGGAUCUUCACUAUUUUAGUUACAUCCUGUAAAAGUAUACUUCAAAAAAUGUGAUGGUCACGAGAAUUUAUUAUUAGUCAGAGAUUUAAUUGACAUUAAUUUGGUAUGUAUGUUUUUUAUUACUAUGUUUUGUCGGAUUUUAUAUAAUGACAUAUCGUGUAUUCUAAUGGACUUGGACCUAACUUAGCGAUGUGUAGCGAUACGUAUUAUUUAUUUAGGUACAUGGAAAUAUUCCUACCAUUUGUAAAGUGUAAAUAAAAAUUAGUUGUAAGCGACUUGAGGGAUAUUCAUGAGAAAUAAACGGGGUUUUAUAAUUA